AUGUCGGGGCGCAAGGAUUUCCUGAGCCAGCCUGCACCUGAAAACUAUGUUGCGGGGCUGGGUAGAGGAGCUACCGGCUUCACAACCCGCUCUGACCUUGGCCCGGCGCGUGAAGGGCCAACACCAGAGCAGAUCCAAGAAGCUCUCGCUAAACGGGCUGCCCUUUUAGGAACCGCCCCUCCGACAGCAUAUGGUGCUUCUGUUAAGGGAGAAAAGGGCGGCUCAAAACAUAAAGAGGAGGAGGAAGAAGAUGACGAAAGGUUCCAAGAUCCCGAAAAUGAAGUUGGCCUCUUUGCCUAUGGGCAAUAUGAUCGUGAUGAUGAUGAGGCAGACCAGAUUUAUCAGCUUGUUGACGAGAAAAUGGAGAAGAGGCGGCGACUUCGAAGGGAAGCCCGGGAACGCGAAGAACGAGAAGAGUAUGAACGAAAUAACCCCAAGAUCCAACAGCAGUUUGCUGAUUUGAAACGGUCAUUAGCCACUGUCACGGAUGAGGACUGGGCGAAUAUUCCUGAUGUCGGAGAUCUUACCGGGAAAAACCGACGAGCCCGACAAAAUCUAAGACAGAGGUUUUACGCAGUUCCAGACAGUGUGAUCGCUAGUGCACGGGAUUCCACAGAGUUCACUACCACGGUUGCAGAAGAUGGAACUCAGACAUCAAUCAGAAGCGGAGAAACCUCCGAUGGUACAAUUACCAACUUUGCCGAUAUUGGUGCUGCAAGAGAUAAAGUCCUUCAAGCUAGGUUGGACCGCGCAGCUCAAACCUCCACUGGAGACACAACAUCCGGGUUCGCCACAAAUAUCGAUCCAAAGGGGUAUUUAACUAGCCUAUCAAAAUCUGAACUAAAAGCGGGUGAGGUUGAAAUUGGAGACAUCAAACGUGUGCGUGUUUUACUGGAGUCUGUUACAAAGACAAACCCUCGACAUGCUCCUGGCUGGAUCGCUCUAGCGCGGCUCGAAGAGGUUGCCGGGAAGAUUGUUGCAGCAAGAAACUACAUUUCAAAAGGGUGUGAACUAUGCCCAAAGAGUGAAGAUGUGUGGCUGGAAAACAUUAGAAUGAAUGACAAUCAUAAUGCAAAGAUUAUUGCUGCUAAUGCAAUCAAGCACAAUGAUCGUUCAACUCGACUUUGGAUUGAAGCAAUGAAACUCGAAUCAGAUUCUCGAGCGAAGAAAAACGUACUUCGGCAGGCUAUUUUGCACAUUCCUCAGUCCGUAGCAAUCUGGAAGGAAGCAGUCAACCUUGAAGAAGAUCCCGCUGAUGCGCGGCUGUUACUCGCUAAAGCAACGGAAAUGAUUCCCCUUUCAGUGGAGCUGUGGCUGGCUCUCGCUCGUUUAGAAACCCCAGAAAAUGCGCAAAAGGUUUUGAAUGCUGCACGAAAAGCUGUCCCAACAAGCCAUGAUAUAUGGAUCGCCGCUGCGCGAUUGCAAGAACAGAUGGGGACAGCCAACAAAGUGAACGUAAUGAAACGAGCUGUUCAAGCCCUGACUCGAGAGUCUGCAAUGCCAAAACGUGAAGAUUGGAUUGCAGAAGCUGAGCAUUGUGAGGAAGAAGGAGCACUUCUUACCUGCGGCGCGAUAAUACGCGAAACCUUAGGUUGGGGGCUAGACGAGGAUGAUGACCGGAAAGAUAUAUGGGUGGAAGACGCAAAAGCAAGUAUUGCUAGAGGUAAAUAUGAAACGGCCCGCUCCAUUUACGCCUAUGCGCUUAGAGUAUUUGUCAACCGAAAAUCUAUAUGGCUUUCUGCUGCAGAUUUAGAGCGUACCCAUGGGACAAAAGAAAGUCUUUGGCAAUUACUCGAGCGUUCCGUUGAAGCUUGUCCUCAGAGCGAAGUCUUAUGGAUGCAACUUGCUAGGGAGAAGUGGCAGGCGGGAGAAAUAGAUAAUGCAAGACGGGUCCUCGCUAAAGCUUUCAAUCAGAACCCCAAUAACGAGGAUAUCUGGCUCGCUGCAGUCAAACUAGAGGCGGAUGCCAAGCAAACCGACCAAGCCCGAGAACUCCUGGCUACAGCACGUCGUGAAGCGGGAACUGAUCGCGUCUGGGUUAAGAGUGUGGCAUUUGAGCGUCAGUUAGGAAACAUGGAGGCGGCACUUGAUCUCGUGAAUCAAGGCUUACAGUUAUAUCCAAAGGCUGACAAACUUUGGAUGAUGAAAGGACAGAUUUACGAAUCAGACAAGAAAUAUCCGCAGGCUCGCGAGGCUUAUGCAACAGGCACAAGGGCUUGCUCGAAAUCUGUUCCGCUUUGGCUUCUUGCUUCAAGACUUGAAGAAAAGCUUGGUGUUGUAGUGAAAGCGCGAUCCAUCCUUGACCGCGCCCGCCUUGCAGUGCCUAAAAAUGCGGAGCUCUGGACCGAAAGUGUCAGAGUUGAACGUCAUGCAAAUAAUACCAACCAAGCCAAGAUUCUCAUGGCAAAAGCCCUUCAGGAAGUCCCUAACUCGGGUCUUCUUUGGAGUGAAAGCAUUUGGCACUUGGAACCUCGCACACACCGAAAACCAAGAAGUCUCGAGGCCAUCAAAAAGGUUGAUAAUGAUCCAAUUCUUUUCGUGACUGUAGCCCGUAUAUUCUGGGGAGAGCGAAGGUUAGAGAAGGCAAUGACGUGGUUUGAAAAAGCUAUUGUAGUCAAUAGCGACUUGGGCGAUGCGUGGGCUUGGUAUUACAAGUUUUUGUUGCAGCAUGGAACAGACGAUAAACGAGAAGAUGUCGUCACAAAGUGCAUUGCAAGCGAGCCGAAGCAUGGAGAAGUAUGGCAGUCGAUCGCCAAGGAACCCCUCAAUGCCUACAAAUCUACCGAGGAGAUUCUCAAACUGACCGCAGAGCAUGUUUGUUAG